UUUUCAGAAAUGGCCAAUGGGAAGGAGAAGGCCGUUAUGGCCAUGGACAGUGAGUCCACGGCGACUGAGGAGUUUCUGCAGGAUGUACCCGAGCGUGGCCAUUGGACUGGUCGAUUCGAUUUCAUUCUUGCUUGCCUCGGAACAGCCGUUGGGUUGGGAAAUGUAUGGAGAUUCCCUUACCUAUGCUACAGAAACGGUGGUGGAGCAUUUGUCCUUGCAUAUGUCAUAAUGGUCUUCCUCAUAGGCAUGCCAGUCUUCCUUCUAGAGUUGACCAUGGGUCAAUACAGUGCUUUUGGGCCAUCAAAAGUUUUUAGCUCGAUAGCUCCAAUUUUCAGAGGUGUUGGUUACGCCUGGUGCCAUCUUCGGUGCAGUUCUACGUUUAUGCUUAACCAUCCGUUUCACUGUUUUACCCCCCUCCCCGCAUCA